AUGGGACUGCUCGUUGCCGGCCGACCACUGGACUGGUCCGAUGCGCUCGAGUGGCUACAACACGUCCGCACGCAGGGCAUCGACCAGUUCCUGCACACGUACCACCGCGUGAAGGACAUUGAAGGCGACGAGCUCAAGUGGGGCGACGAACUCGAGUACGGCGUGUUCCACGUGGACCGCGACAGGAAACGCGCGCGAUUGGCCCUCCGCGGCGCAGAGAUUCUGCAGCAGUUGCAGGCCAAAGAGAAGCAGUCGAAGGAGCACGGGCGGCCCGACGGCGGUAGUCCAACGGCUGUUGCAGCAGCUACAGUAGCUGCUGGACUGUGUGUGGACGGGUGCAACUGGGUCCCCGAGUACGGCGCGUGGAUGAUUGAAGGCACGCCCAGCGCCCCCUACGGAGGCUUUACCAGUGACCUGCGCAAAGUUGAGGCCAACAUGCGCCUCCGUCGCGCGCGGCUCUUGGCGCUGCUGCACGAGGACGAAAUUGCGCCGUCGGUCACGGCGUUCCCCAUGAUGGGCGUCGGGGACUGUACCGUGCCGUCGAGCCAGUCGCAGGGUCCAGUGGCCCAGUCGGACUAUGUCAGCGACGCAGUGAUCAAUCCCCACCCGCGGUUCGCGACGUUGACGAAGAACAUUCGGCAGCGCCGGACGCGAAAAGUGGACAUUCGCGUCCCGAUCUUCCAGGACGUGUACACGGAAGCGAGGCUGGAAGAAGAGCAGGCGGACGCGACGUGGACUGCAGAAAAAUCGCGGCCAAAGUACGAGUCGAAGCGAGACGUGCUGGCGCUGGUGCAGGACGCGUUUGGCUCGGUGCCGGCGUCGCCGAGCUCGACGGCCAACUCGGACGAUAAUGGCCAGUCGAAAGCAUCGCCGUCACGGACGGCGGAAGAGAGAGCGAUGGACAGCAAGCCGAGUCAAUUUGCUCGCAAGCUCGCGACGCUGGACUCGGACCACAUGGCUGAGCCGUACCCCGGCUUUAUCCACAUGGACGCGAUGGCUUUUGGCAUGGGCAUGUGCUGUCUACAGGUGACGUUCCAGGCGAAGAACGUGGGCGAGUCAAGGCACUUGUACGAUCAUUUGGGCGUUCUCUCGCCCAUCUUGCUGGCACUGACGGCGGCGACGCCCAUCUUGAAAGGUCGACUCGCCGACACGGAUGUGCGCUGGGCCACGAUUUCUGCUGCAGUGGACGACCGAACGCCUCAAGAACUGGGUGAGGCCCCGCCUCCAACAGAUCCAGAGACGGUGGCAAAGUAUGCCAAGAUGGCCGGCAACGGUGUCAAACGUCUGCCAAAGUCUCGCUAUGAAGGCAUCUCGGCGUUCAUUUGCAAUCACAAGCAAGGCGAGGACCCGCACACGUCAACCGACAAGUACAAUGACGUCGAGAUCCCGUACGACGAGGGCUCGUACAAGACCCUGAUGGACGCGGGUGUGGACCGUCUUCUCGCGCUCCACAUUUCGCACUUGUUCAUCCGUGAUCCUUUGGUCAUUUACGAGCAACGCUUGCACUUGGACAACGAGUGCGAGACGGACCACUUUGAGAACAUUCAGUCGACAAACUGGCAGACUGUGCGGUGGAAACCGCCCCCGCCGGCCCCGUCGAGCACUGAGGGACCUCACAUCGGCUGGCGCACCGAGUUUCGUUCGAUGGAGAUCCAGCUCACGGAUUUUGAGAACGCUGCGUUUACAGUGUUUAUCGCGCUCGUGUCGCGCGUCAUUCUGACGUUUGACUUAAACCUGUACACUCCGCUGUCCAAGGUGAAUGACAACAUGGAGGCUGCCCAUCGUGUGAACGCAGUGCUGGACGAGAAGUUCCACUUUCGUUGCCACAUGGCGCCACCGCAAGUCGAUGAUUGCCUGCUGAGCGACACAUGUCGCUUGCACGAAGACCCCGAUGCGUGUGAGCUGAUGACGAUUGCCGAGAUCAUGUUGGGCAAGGGCUCGUACUUCCCGGGUCUCAUUCCUCUUGUCUACGCCUACUUGGACCACAUUGAGUGCGACGAAGCCACGCGGACACUCGUGGAGAACUACAUGUCCCUCAUUGGCAAGCGGGCAACAGGCGAGUUGCCGACGGCUGCUACCUGGAUGCGUCGCUUUGUGCGCGCCCACCCCGAUUACCGUCACGACUCGGUGGUACCCCACUCGACGGCGUUUGACCUCCUCAACGAGUGUCAGCACAUCGGUGAGGGGUUGAAGCAGUGCCCGGAGUUGCUGGGCGACUUUAAGAUUGCUCCUGUGCGAGGCCAGUCAGCGUAUCGCGUACCGCUGAAGAGCAGUGGCAUUGCCACUGAAAAGCGUCAGGCGCUGCUCCAGCGAUACUUGGGUCGCACUGCUUCGACUGCGUGUGGAAGCGGUCACUGCUAA